CCGCAACCCGCAAAAGCCUGAACGUAGACGAGACGACUGUCGUCUGUCUCAACUCCUCGCAUCAAACCCUAAACCAGGAAUCUCUCUCUCUCUCUCUCUGGUAAUCUGUUUGUCUUCGCGCUCUAGUGGGAUUUCUCCACCGGGGUAUUGCAGAUGGAAGCAGUAGCGGUUCUUCGAUCUUCUUCUGGGAUCGGUAAACACCCAGACUUUGUUGCUAAAUCGGGUGUUUUAACGGCCAGUGCGCCGCAUUUUGUUUGUUUGAGCUCAAAGCUUCGUUUUUCGAACGUGUGGAUUAAGCAUUCUCCGUCAACUUAUCUCUCUAAGCAACGACAAAGUAGAUCAGUUUCAAGAAGCAGGAAGAGCACCAUUGUGAGGGCAUCAGCAUCUCAGGACUCUACUGAGUCAGCUGCUCCGAUUGCGCCUCUUCAGUUGGAGUCUCCUGUUGGGCAAUUCCUGGCUCAGAUUCUGAGAAGCCAUCCUCAUCUAGUGCCUGCUGCUGUGGACCAACAUCUCGAACAGCUUCAAACUUCUCGCGAUGCUGAGAAACAAAAGGAGGAGCCUGCUUCUUCAGGGACCGACCUUGUCUUGUACAGGAGAAUAGCUGAGGUUAAGGCCAAUGAGAGGAGAAAGGCUCUAGAAGAGAUUUUAUAUGCAUUAAUAGUUCAGAAAUUCAUGGAUGCAAAUGUUUCGUUGAUACCUACAAUACUGUCAUCUGAUCCUUCUGGCCCAGUAGACACAUGGCCAGAUCAGGAGAAGAAGCUUGAGCAGCUCCACUCCACGGAAGCCUAUGAGAUGAUCCAGAAUCACCUGGCUCUUAUAUUGGGAAACAGAGUAGCAGAUUCUAGCACCAUUGCACAGAUAAGCAAGCUCAGGGUUGGGCAGGUCUAUGCUGCAUCGGUGAUGUAUGGAUAUUUCCUCAAGCGGGUUGACCAAAGGUUCCAGCUUGAGAAGACAAUGAAGAUUCUUCCAUAUGCAUCAGAUGAGGAGAGUGACACUGAGCAAGCUGUGGCAGGGCAGAUGAAUCCCAGUGGCAACAAGAGCAGUGAAGCGUCAUCCCAUGCAGAGCAAACACACCCUGAAGUUUCAUCAUCGCCUGGGAACUUCAGCUCCGGUGGGUUUGGAUAUGGGGUUAAGUCAUCAAGACUUCGAACCUAUGUGAUGUCCUUUGAUGCAGAUACAUUACAGAGGUAUGCAACAAUAAGAUCCAAGGAGGGUGUUAGUAUCAUUGAGAAGCACACAGAGGCAUUGUUUGGAAGGCCUGAGAUUGUGAUCACACCUCAGGGGACUGUUGAUUCUUCCAAAGAUGAACAAAUCAGAAUAAGCUUUGGGGGAUUGAAGAGGCUUGUUUUGGAGGCAGUGACUUUUGGGUCUUUCCUCUGGGAUGUUGAGAGCUAUGUGGAUUUAAGGUACCACUUCGUAGCAAAUUGAUAUCUGCCAAGCUUGCUAGCAAGGACCAAACUGACCGACUAAUCAAAUGUAAAUUUAAACUGCAGUAUCAUCAAUCUUUCUAAUUUUCUAAUGUGAAGGAACUUACAAAGUUCAAACUUGAGAUGAUGUAUUUAUAUGUAAAAUUUUAUGACUUCUGGUAUUUUAAAUUAAGAAUAUUGUUUCUAUGCUACUGUA